AUGCUUAAGCAUUCACAUUGUUUCAGUCCUUUCCGGAUAGUCAGUGACUGUGGGGCUGCUUUCGCCAUGGGCACAAUCGGUGGUGGCCUGAUUCAUGCUUAUAAGGGCUAUCGGAAUGCUCCAGCCGGUCAGUUCCGCAAAUUUUCCUCUGCAUUUGCUCAGAGCCGGAUGAAAGCGCCUCUCCUGGGUGGUGCCUUUGCUGUUUGGGGCGGCAUGUUUACCGCCGUUGAUUGCACGCUGGUUUUUGUCCGUAAGAAGGAAGAUCCCUGGAACUCAAUUACAAGUGGGGCCAUCACAGGCGCUGUUCUCGCAGUGCGUCAUGGACCUGCGGCUAUGGCUGGUCAGGCCGUAAUUGGUGGAAUAAUUCUUGCUAUCAUCGAGGGCAUUGGAAUCAUGAUGAGUCGAUUCGCCCCUAUGCUUAUGCAAUCGCAACCACCAUCGGACGGGGGCAGCGGCGGUUUCUUCAGCAGCUUCUUCUCUAGCGGCCCUAGUAGCUUUGAAACUUCUAGCGCUCCACCUCCCGUUAGCACCUCCUCUAGUGACGGCCAGUCUCCAUCAGCAAGUGGGGGCUUCAUGUUCCAGUAG